CGGGACCCGCCCGGCGCUGUGAGGGCUCCGCAGGCUCGAUUCGGUCCGUAUCCAGGCGGAGCUCCCGGACACGAGAGGACUUCGAGCACACAGGUCUGAGGAGGUGAUUUUGAUGGCCACAGGGUUGCUCACCAUCAUUUUACUCUGUGCUGUUGUGGCUGGAGCUUCAGGGAGAUCCUCAGAGAGGUUAAGUUAUGGAGCUUCCUGUUUUGCAGAAUGUGCAGGACACAGUGCAUCAUACUUCCCCAAAAGAGCUAGAUACAGCUACAGGUAUUCAGCAGUCACCAACACAUUCCUGCAGGGAAAUAUUUACAAAGGCAGUGGCAUCUCUCUGGAGAGCACAGUGAUCAUUGAAGUAUUGGGGAAUUGCCACAUGGUUUUGAAAGUUCAAGAUGUACAGAUUAAGAAAAGUUUUGCAUCCAGAGAGGAGUCUCUGAAAGAAAUUGACAGUCUAAGGGAAAUACUAGAACAGCAUCCUCUUCAUUUUUCUUUCCAUGAUGGGAAAGUUCUGAAGCUCUGUCCUGUGAGGAGUGAACAGACCUGGGCACUGAACAUCAAGCGAGGCAUUCUCAGUGUCCUGCAGACAGCUCAAGAAUUCCCUGUUGGUGCCAUUGUUGAGGAGGUGGAUGUCCUGGGAAUAUGCCCAACCAGGUAUCAGCAAAAGGGUCCCAUUCUUGUAAAGACAAAGGACUUAAACCUCUGCUCCCAUCGCUCUUCUGGUUUGACUUCUGUGCAGUCUGUUGUUCUUCCUCAUGCAUCAUCUGAACAGCAGAUCCUGUCCUCCCAGCUGGAAUGUGCCCAGAGCAUUAAGGAUGGGGUCCUGGAGGAGGCCAAAUGCACUGAGUCCGACCGUGUGAUGCUGUUCCCUCAGCAGGGCAGUGGGGCAGAGACACAGACACAGUCUGCACUCAAACUCUUGCAAGUGGAAACAGAGACACUCUACCAUAAAGGGUACUCUGAGGAUCUGUAUGUGACCAGCAUUCUCUAUGAAAGGGAGGUAAUUAAGAGGGAGGUCACUGGGGCAGAAGUGACUGAACUGGUGUGGAAGCUUUGCUUAGCACACAGUGCAAGUUACCAGACUGCAGACCUUUUCAUGACUCUCGUAUUUGAGCUUCGACAUCUUUCUCUUGAGGCCUUAAGAGCAUUAUGGCAAAGAUCAUCAUUUAAGUGCAGAGACAACUGGCAACCAUUAAUAGAUGCUCUUCCAUCUUGUGCCACAGAAGCAUGUGUUGUCCUAAUGAAAGACCUCAUAGCUUCUGGGGAAGUUGAGGAAGACAAAGUAGAAUAUUUCUUUUGGUCAUUUACAUUCAUUCCUAAUCCCACCUCGGGCAUGAUUGAAUCUCUUGCUUCUUUGCUGAAGUCACCUAGAGCAAGCCAGAGCUGCUUCUUGGGAGUAACAGCUCUUGUACAUAGGUUUUGUUCAGCUCACAGCUCCUGUGAUACUGUACCUGCUGUGCAGAGUGUGAUGAGGAUUCUUGGGAAAUUUUUGGGAGGAAACUGUACUGUGCAAGAUUCAGAACAUCUCAGCAAGAUGCAGCUGGUGUUGAAAGCCAUUGGAAAUGCAGGACUGGCAGCAGCUUCGCUGGCUCCUGCUCUGAGCUCCUGUGCUGCCCUGAAGAGCCAUCCCAUAGAAAUCCGCCUCGCUGCUGUCCAGGCCUUCCGGCGCAUUCCCUGCCCUGUCAGGAAUGCUAUAUUACUUCAGUUUUAUCAAGCAACCAGCGAAGAUGUGGAAAUAAGAAUUGCUGCUUAUUAUAUAGUAAUGAAAUGUCCACAUGAAGAGUUAUUUAAACAAGUACAAAACACUUUGCUGAAAGAAACAUCCAGCCAAGUGGGCUCCUUUGUUUGGAGUCAUCUCUCUCAGCUCCUGGAGACGGAUGAUCCAUUGAAGGAGCACCUUCGAGAUUCUAUUCCUGAUGAAAUUCUUAGCAAAGAUUUUGACUGGGAGACAUGGAAAUACUCCUCAUACUCUGAUGUCACAUUUCACUCAGCUGGUGCAGGUGCAAAUAUGGAAGCAUCAGUGGUCUUUUCUCCUACAUCUUUUCUACCACGAUCAGUCAUGACAAAUUUGACUGUUCACUUUAUGGGACAGGCUAUAAAUCUCCUGGAGGCAAGUUUAUGGAUUUUUUUAAUUGUGGGGCUUUUUUAUCCCACUUCUCAAGUGACACUUGGUAUAUUGAAGUACAAAGAAUUUUCUGUUUUCCUGUUGCACAAACUUCCAAACAGAAUCUUAUUUCAGAGUAUGAAAAGGGUUGGUGUACGAUUGGAGAAUGCUGAAACUCUUAUAGAGAGGCGUUUUGGGCCGAAAUCUUCUACUUUCAGUGACUAUUUUUUUGCAAACACUGAUGAAGGAAACCACAAGGCAGAAACCCCAGUGGAAACAGCAGAGAAAGUCAAGCAGAGGAACCCAACAUUGAAGCGAUACAGCCCCACUGAUCAUCUUGUGAGCAAGUCUGGCAAGCCAAAGCUGAGAAAAACUAACCAAAAUUGUCUUGGUAGAAAAUACAGUAAGAUGAAUGAGUUAGUCAAAAAGUUCACUGAGAGAACAGUAAGAAAGAAGGUGCUGAAAUGUGAGCUAAGCGUGAAAAUCUUUGGAAAUGAACUUAGCUUCUUAGAUUGUGAAGAUUUAAGAAAACAUAUGAAACGUUAUUCCUUAAAUCUGGCUGAGUUGGCUGUCAAACUUCUGAAGGGGCAGGAGAUUCAGUUUAAUAAAAGGAUGAGUUUGGCGACUGAAGAACUGCAGUUUCCAGCAAUUUCAGGCUUUCCUAUUCAACUGGCAAUCAAUGCCUCAGCAGCAAUCAACAUAAAAAUCAAAGGGACUGCAGAUUUCAAACAGCAGUCCAAUUUCUUUCUAAAUGGAUAUAUCAAGCCAAGUGCAUUUGUCCAGCUUUCUGUCCAAAUGGGAAUUGUGGGGACUCUGGGACAAGCUGGCCUAAAGUGGUUAACAGGAAUGAGAACAUCUACUAGUCUUGAUGGGGGAAUCCAGGUGAAGAAAGGGAAAGAGCUCAAAGUUUUCUUGAACACUCCAGAAGAAUCUAUGGAGAUAAUUAAUUUCAGCUCUAAACUCUACUUCAGAAUGGUGGAUGAGACGGAAGAUAUAGAUGUCUUCCAAGAUCACACAGAAACCAGAUCUUGCACUAGGGAGGAAGUGUCUGAGAUUAUUGGCUGGCAGCUGUGUUCUGAAAUGUCCUAUCCUGACCCAGCCAGUGGUUUGGUUUUCCCCCUCACUGGACCUUUGAGAGUGGCUGUGACAUUAACUAAGCAAGACAGAGGCCUGCAGCAGUAUGUGGUGGAAGCUGCCUAUGACUGUAUAGCUCAGGAGAAUUCAUGGAUCCCAAGUGAAGCUGUCUUUCACUUCUUUGUUGGGACUCCAAAGUCAGACUUGAAAAGAGAUAUUGGUGUUGAUAUAAGUUUUAGUGUCCCACAGAAGAAAUUCAGAAUCCAAUUUAUACAACCUAAGAAAAAAAUUGAGAUGGAUGGGAGGAUUGAGUUUUCUAAAAGUUCCCAAGUUGGACACCUGGAACUGAUAGUGGAUGACCAAGAUGUGUAUUACAUUAAGGGAAUGGCAGAUUUGCAGAUGCUGAGUGGAGAGCAGAGAUACAUGACCCAGCUGGAGGUAAAGCUGAUAAAGCAAAGCAGUCCUAUCAUUUUGUCAGGAAACAUCACUAAACAGCUUGGCAAGAAGAUAGCUUUUUCAGUAUCUCUGAAUAAUUUGUUGAAGGAUGCUGCAUUUCUUUCAGCACUUCUGGAGAAAAAGGUUGAUGAUAAGCUGAGACAGUACUCAUUGGAAGGGGAGACUCACAUUCCAGGUGUUCUUGGAGUUAAAGCUGUCGCUCUUCUCCAGCAGCGUGAGGGAUUGUGGUCCCAUGGUCUGCGGAUAAAAUAUGGACUCCUAGGAGAGGCAAAAACCCCUUGCCACGAGUGCAGUACACAGCAGAAAGUUCAGGUGGAGCUGGGUGCACAGGGCUUGUACAGACUGGAGCUGGACCAUCAGUUUCACUGUGUGCAGGCUCCCACCUACAGCCACCAGGUUCACCUGAAACAUGAAGUGUGUGCAUCUUGGAUUUCCUCCCUGAUGGAAGUGAACUAUGGGAAACACUGGGAUGAAAUAAACAACAAGAAAAAACUGCUGAUCAGCCAAGCCUUAAAGAACAGUUCCAGUUCAUCUGUAGUUAGCUAUUUCAUGGAGUUUACCAUGCAAGUCCUGGAAAAACAAGUGAAUUAUAGAACCCAGCUGCAGCAUUUGCACACCUCUCAUGUGUAUUUGCAGAGCAGCACCAACUUUGAGGUGCAGUAUAAUGACCAUGUACCAUUUGUGGCUGGGCUGCACUGGAAGGAUGCAUCCAGAAAUGGCCUGAAGAAGUGGGAAGGUGGAUUCAAUAUAGACACCCCAUGGCUCUAUCUGUACACAGCUCACAAACUGCACCAGCCUCAGCAUUCUGCUUAUUUACUGACAUCUGAGCUGACAGCUGGAAAAGCUCUCUCUGUUAAAAACCUUGUACUGGAACUAUUCUAUAAAGAUCGAGACAAUGAGAAGGAAGGAAAAGUUCACAUUUACACACCAGAUACCACAUACCUGCAGGCAUCCACAGUUAAUCGUAUUGGGAGGAAUGUUCUGCACAGCUAUAGUGAAAUGAUCUCUCUGUGGAAUCAGCUUGUGAAGAAUGAGAUUCAUUUGGAGAAUAAUGAACGAGCCAAACUUCUCUGCUUUAAGAUAAAGAGUACAAAACAGGAAUUUAACUUCACAGCCAACUAUCAGAAUCUGCCAACGGUGAGAAAGAAAAACAAAAGCAAUUUUUUUGACUCUCCUAAGAAGACAAACAUUUCUGUGAAGAUUGUAUGGAGAGAUUAUAAAAGUCUGCCUGUCAUACUGCAGUGUGAAGGUCAGAUAAAAGAGCUGAGGAAGGAGAAGAUGCUCUACCAAAAACGUGCAACCCUCCAUUUCAGGCAUCCUUUUAAAGUGCCCUUUCUGCAGAGCUUCCUUCUGCAGGAGACAUUUACUGUUGACAAAAAGCAAAAACAUUAUUUCAUGGAAACAAAAGUUUUGAUAAAUGGGGUGGAGGAAACAGUUCAGACCCUUAUACUUGGCUACCAACCUGAAAACCCCUAUAUUUGUGCUGGCUUAAUUCAUCCUUAUAACUACAGGAUGUUUCCCAAAGAUGUUGAAAUGUGCAUUUUAACUCUAAGUCAUCAAAGUGUGAAGUAUGAGCUUGAGACUGUCUUAAAAGUGAAUAAGGAAGAUGUUCUCAGUUUUCUAGGGAGAUAUCAGGACAAAUCCAGUGAGGCAGAUUUUAGACAUCUUUUACACAUGGAUGUGACACACUCAUUCCAGCUGGAGUUUCCACAAGCAAUGGGCCUAAGUGGGGAGCUGUUUUCCAGGCAGACUAAACUGGAACACUUUGACAGUGGUGUGAGUGUAAAAGUCAUCAUCAACAAGAACGUGUCUUCACAGGUGCAGGCUCAGGCAGCCCUGAAGAGUUAUGGUGAAAACAGUGUCAAUGGCUCCCUUCACCUUCAUUCCGAUGGAAGGGAAAUGCUGAUGCUGGAGGUUGAUGUGAACAGUGAAAACAGGAGGAAUGCCAGAAUUGUUGAACUGAGGGCUUUUCUCCAUCAGACAAUCCUGACAAAUCCAGAAUCAGUACAGUUUCAGCUCAUGGGCAAAAUAUUUCCAUCAAGACUUCUUUUGUCUUCUGACUUGAAGCUUAAUGAAAAUAGGCUUCACAUGGAUUUCAUGGGAGCCAGGGAGCAGAAAGUUGGUUUUGUUUUGUCCCUAAAUGGAAGAGUCCAACACACUUUUACUGGAUUAAAGGCCAUACCUCAUCUCCUUUCUCUGGAUGGAUUACUGAAGUGCAAAAACAACGUUCACAAUGGUAACAUCAAUGUGAUGGUCAACAAAAGACUGUAUGGACUGCAUGUCAAGAACAGGAAUGUGUUUGGGAAUACCACUGUGCACAAUAUCACUGUUGCCAUCAUUCAGAAUGGCAGUCAGGCAGUCCCAGUGGAGGCACGACUGAAAGGACACCUGGAGCUGAGUAAAGAGAAGAAAAGGGGGCUAGCUAGCUUCCAGGUGGAUGAGAAGGCUCUUUCUGUAGAGUUUUUCAAUAUCAUGGAUCAUGGGCAUGGCAGAGUCAGUGGGGCUUUCACACAUAAUGUCGACUUCUUAAAAAAUGCAGGGUUGCCUUUGGAUGGCAUUCUUACUGCCACGUGUGAGCAUGGCACAGGAAAUCACACCAUUGCCAUAGCCCUGGAGAGUGGCAGUGAAAGGAUUGCUGCUGUGUUUGAGGGACACAGACUGGCCACAGAGCUCCCAAUACCCCAGCUAUCUGUCAGCAUAAAGCACAACAUCUCAAAGAUAAAGAAACAUGGGAUCCCUUUUGUUUUAGAAGCUGCUGGCUAUUAUGAGAAUUUCUCCAGAAAGAUUGCUGCAGGGAUAACAGCCACAGUGGAGACAGAGCAGCUCAAGAUUGCAAUAGAGAAGAAAACCACUGACACUGCCAUGGAAAUUUCUCUUUCACUUCACCAUGAUGUGAGAGGACUGACAGACAUCGUUCCAUGUGUACUAGAGGUUGCUUGCAGCGGAGAAUCUGCUAACAAAAAACUUUUUGGCCUUUGCAAUGGUGCAAUUGCAUUUCAUCAUUUUGAGACUCCAGCAAGACUUUCACUGAAUGGGUCAGUAUUUACCAGCAACUUUACUGUCAUCCUCUUUGGACAUGUUUCUUUUCAUGAUGUAUUUGCCUGCCUGCAGCUCUAUGCCACCACUAACACCCAUCCUCGUUUAGAAAUCGACUUCCAGCAUUCUUUGCUUUUACUUCAUUCUCUGGGAAUUGCCAGAGAAAACCAACUGAAGGUGUCAGCCAUGAGAAGUGACAAAUACAAGGGCAUCCUUAGUAUUGUACUUGGGCCUUGCACUUUGGAAGCUGAUGGGGAAGUGACCCUGGCAAGCAAUGAGACAGGAUGGGUACUUGCUUUUAGAAACAAGUGCAUCAGUCUAGAGAGGACGGGAUUGCCUCGUGUUGCAGUCUUGGGGGGUUCAUUUCGACAGAACGUCUGCAACGUGGGCUUGUUAAUGAACCUGCAGUGUGAUGGCAGAGCAGUGGAUGUGCAGAUAGACACCUCCUGCCAGCAUGAAUAUACACUCCAAGGGAUGCUCAGGCACUCACAUCCCUGGCUCAGCCAGCUUGGGCUGCCUUUUGAAAACUCUGUCCUGAUUUCUGCAGCCACAGACUCCACCACAGAGGGCAUUUUCCUGCUGCAGGCUGGCAGAUGCAGACUGAGGGCUAGAGGGGAUCUCUGUGUUCAGAAUAAAGCUGACUGGACACUGGAAACAGAAACAGAAUGUCAACUUCUGCAGGAUCUCAAUUUCCCAGCUCAGUCACGGCUCACAGGAUCCAUUCAGAAAGACAAGUGCCAGGCAGAGCUGUUCUCUGUUCUGGAAACAGAAGGCAAAACUGCCCAUCUUGAAGUGAGAGCAGAGUGCAAGCCAAAGAUGACUCUGGAAAUUCAAUUCAGGCAUGACCUCCCCCAGCUGAAGGAAAUCCCAAGGGAAAAUGAGCUGUCCAUCACUGCACGGAAACACUUAAAAUAUCUUAUUGGAGUUGGAAUGAAAUUGGGUGCCUGUGAGCUUCAAAUGAAUGGGGACUUUGACCCUGAAAAGAGCCUUCAGUGGAAAAUGCUUGUAGAAAACAAAUGUCAAACAAUUCAGGAUCUUGGAGUACCAAUGAAAAUUGAUGGCUCAGGCUACCUUUUGAUGGAUAAAAUGAACCUAGAUUCACAGACACUGAUCACUGUUGAUGAAAGUAAAUUCCGAGGACUCCUUAUACUAAAAGUCACUGAUGAAAGGCAAGAGUUGGAUGCUGUGCUAACCCAUAACAUCCAAGAAGCUGCUGACAUUGGCAUUCCUAUGAGGAUGUUACUUGAUGUGAUAUCAGAAAAAAACAGUGACUUCUAUAAAGGAUUUAUUAAUUUCUGUGUGAACAACAAACAAAUUACAGAAGAACUGAACUUUGUCCAGAAGUUGGAUGUUGUGUCUCUUAACUACAAGCUUACUCAUAACAUAGAGACAUUGAAGACUUUGCAAAUAAAAGACAGGAUUGAGUUGCAGGCUAUCUUGAACGUCAAAGUCACUAGAAGCUUUAGUUUGAAAGUGCUUUAUGGUGCUCACCUAAUAGUUCUUGAAGGACAAAUCCAGGAGUUUGGAACAAGUACCAACAUAACAGGGAAUUUCCAUCACUCUUUGCCAUGGCUGCUACAAGCCAGAGUCCCAUCAUCUUUACAGAUAGAUCUGGUUUUUCAAGGGAGAAACACUACUCAAGAGAGAUAUGUGCACAUUGCAGCUGGAGAAACAUCAAUCACAUACAUAAUUAACUCCUAUUAUGUUGGCCACCAAGUGGAUCUCUUCUGCCAGAGUGUGCACAGCAGUGAGGUACUCCAGGCAUCUGGCUAUCCUAAGGCAAUCAACUUGAUUUUCAGUUUCCAGAAAUCAGAAAACAAAGCCAAGACUGCCUGUAAAAUCCAAUAUGAUGAGAAAGAUGUAACUGUGACUGUGGAUGUUGACACAGACUUGGAACUCUUUGGUAUAUUUGUGCUUAUGGCAGAGGUGAAGCAUUCAAUAUCACUUCUCCAUCACCUGGGACUUCCCUUCUUUCUUAAGAUGACAAUUCAAGAAGUCAUGACUGAAAAUGAAACUGAAGGUGCUCUGAGGCUGACCUAUGAACAAAACAAAAACCUCUCCUUUUCCAUCAGUAGAAAAAAAGACCAGCAAGGUGAAGAGUUGAGUAUAAAAGCACUCCAGAAUCAUCCCUUCUUUCUACAGUACUUCCCCUGUGCAGCAGAGCUGUCUUCUAAGGUUAAUUAUGAUAUGAGUGAAGCAAAAGGCAAACUCUACCUCAGGAUGGAAAAAAGGGAUUUCAAUGUUUCAGCAAAGCUAACUUUGAUGGGAAGCAGCAUCACUAAUGCCAUUGAAGUGGCACAGACCAUGGCCCAGUUAAAAAUUCUUCCAAGGCAGCUUGUGUUUAUGACAAUUUACCAAAAAGGUAACAGAACUCGUCUACUGAGGCACAUUGCCCUGUGGGAUGGCAAAGAGAUAAAGCUAACAGGCACUUACACUGGACUCUUCCCAAAGCUGCCUGGAGGUCAUAGCAUGCAGGUGGAGCUUCUCCAUCCUCUGUCCAUCCCUUUUCCACGACAUGUCUGGGUCAACUUGUAUGUGAAACAUUCAGCACGCAGUCACCGGGAUGAUCUUACUGUAGUUUGGAAUGAGAAGGACAAGAUAUCAGUGUCAUCUUCUCUGAAGUUUGGAAGACACCGGACAAGCUACAGAGCCACUGUUGCCCACCCAUUUAAUUACACUCUGAAGCAACUGGAGGUGCAUUCCCUGUCAGAAAGAAGGGGCAGAAAGUACAACCAGCAGCUGCAGGUCUCAGGGAAUGCUGGGCAGCCUGCUCACCUCCGGCUGGGCCUGGAGGAUAAAUCCAAAAUGGACAUCACUGCCUGGGAUGGCUGUGUGACUCUCUCUGCAGGCCAGCUUCAGAGAAUAUUAAGCAUGGAAAACCUGCAUGCAUGUGGGUCUCUAGAACAAAGACCAACACUGUUUAAUGAAUAUCUGGAUUUGAACUGGGAUGACAAAAAAUUGAAACACAAUUUCACGUAUGAGAGAAAUCAACUCUUGUAUCCUGACAAAUUUCAGUUAGAAGUGGUUCUGGAAAAUAUUUUCCUGACCCCAUGUACCAAACAGAAGAUUCUGGGUAAAAUAGAAACCAACUACUGCUCUUGCCUGGAUUACUACACAAGCUUUGAGUUCUGUGACCUUCCAAAUGUAAUUGUUUUAUCUGGAAAGCACCAGCUCAACAAAGAUGACAUAAUUUUGCAGUCAGAGGGCAGAUUCCACCUUGCUGAUCACAGAAAAGAUGAGGGGUUGAUUGGAAUAUCCAUAAAGAAUCAGAGCACUGCUGAUGUGAAGAACUACUCUCUGGAAAUUGAAUUAAGAGCCUUUGAAGAUAUUUGGCUAGGCCUGACAGGAACUGCUGCUUCCUCAUCUGUCCAGAGCCAAAUCCUGGUGGAGGGGAUUAUUGAUCAGAAAGAGAAAGUAAAAGUCGCUGCUUCAAAAGGAAAGGAGUGUUUUCACUACUACAUGGGGCAUCUGCAAGGGGAUUUGGAAGAAGGAGUGGAACUCAGUGCUUGUUCUGAUGGGCAACAGAUGGCUGCCAUUAACGCGUAUCUCAGCAUCAAUGGUAAAAGGCAGGAAAACGUGGGACAAGUGACUCUAGCAGCUGCUAAUGGAAGCUUGAGUUUUCUGGCGCACGGAUGUGGGGAUCCAGUUCUUAAGGUUGAGAACAAGCUUAAUGAAAUUGGGAGCCUUUUGAAAGCCACACUGAUAGAGAAGAUAAAGAAGUUUGAUGGAUACCUGUGGAGAUUCAGGAGAUCAGUGCAGCAUGUUGGUUUCCUGUCUGAAGCAGCUGGCUGGCCUUCAAUGGCCUUGCAAAAGGCAGCAGGAUUCCUGCACAGUGGGGGUACAGCUGUCACUCAGGUGUGGAAGCAAAGUGGAAUCAGGCACACUCUGAGAAACAGGAUCCCACUUUACCUGGAGAAAAUUCAAGAUGUUGUCCAGCAAAUGCAGAAUGAAUUACAAAAGCCAUUAGCAACUUUGAAGGACGCCUACUACGAUGUAACCUUGAAGCCACUGGAUGAAGUCUGGAAAGAGAAGACAGAAGAGCUCAUGAAGAAAAUCCAGGCUUUCUUACCCAAGAUUGUAAAAGAUGUGUGGUUAAUGGAACCAAUCCAGGUGGCAUUAAAGGUUGUGAAAGCAGGCUUGGAUAUGGCUACACAGCAGGUGCUCAGAUGGGCAGAUGCCACGUUUUCCAGAGCUGUGAGUAAGAUCCGGAAGCCCUUGCUGAACCUGUACAGUUUUUCACCCAGGAACUGUUCGGUGGCAGGAAAGCUGCCAGUACUGCCUAAAGCAGACCUGUCCCUGCAGCUGGCAAAUGUUACCACUUACAUCAUUGGAGAAAAAUUGAUGAGGCCUCUGCAAGACCUCUACAAUCUCAACAUACUUGCAGAAUACUAUAGGUUCAAACGGAGGAUGAUGGAGAGCCCCUUUGAAUAUCAUGCUAUGUUAGUGGGGACCAAGCAUCUUGUGACUUUUGAUGGAAAAAUGUAUGAUUUGGCAUCAAAGUGCAGUGUACUUCUUGCCAAGGAUUUUGUUCACAGUGCUUUCACUGUAAUACUAAAUGAAGAAACUAGGAACUCAAGAUCACUGUAUGUGGAGAUGAACCAGACUGUGAUCACUAUCUAUCCACGUCUAAAGAUAUCCAAGCUGUAUAACUUCUCUGUGGAAGAGAACUGCCAAGUCCUGGAUCAAUCCCUUGAAAACAGUACCAUGAAUUCAAGGCGAGGAACCAACAAAAUCGAAGUAUCUGAUCAGAAAGGAGUUUCUGUCUCUUGUGACUUUCAGUAUGAUCUCUGUACUAUCACUCUGGCUGGGUGGCACCACGGUAUUUCAGCUGGGCUUUUUGGUACCAAUGAUAAUGAAGCUGGAAACGAAUGGAUGGUGCCUAAUGGUUCCUUCACUGACAACGUGCAAGAGUUCACACAGAGCUGGCAGGUGAGUAAGUGCAGUCUCGUACCGAAGAAAGAGAAGCCAUGUCCAAUUACAGCUAAGCAGAACAUCUGUAAAGUGUUCUUUGAAGAACCACAUUCACUUCUUGGGAACUGCUUCAAAGUUGUGGAGCCCGAGCCAUUCUACACCAUGUGUACACAGGACACCUGUGACUCCCCGGCCUUGGGGGCUGCCUGCACUUUAGCAGCAGCUUUUGUUCAUUUGUGCAACCGGAAUUUUGUCCCUGUGGAAGUCCCUCCACAGUGGUAA